UAUACUUCCGGUUUCCUACUGCACCGCCUCAACGUUUUCUGGUCGCCGCGCGAACCAGUAAGUUCGCUAAAUUUACUUUUGCGUAUUUAUAUAAAUAUUUUUUAUCAGAAGUGCAUACUUUGGAACGGUUCUUUAUCGACGGAGAAGAAGGCUGUUUUGGCGUGAAGACUGUGACAUAAAUUAGCUGAUCUCCCCAGCAUGUCUUUGCCCAAGCGGGAGGUGGAGGAGCUGCGGCCCUGGGUGGAGCGCACCGUGAAGAAGGUGCUGGGUUUCUCGGAACCCACCGUGGUCACUGCGGCUCUGCACUGCGUAGGGAAAGGUCUGGACAAAAGGAAGACAACAGACCAACUGAGACCGUUUCUGGAUGAGUCGGCGAGCGGCUUCGUAGAGCGGCUCUUUGAAGCAUUGGAAGAGAGCCGAAACUCUCGAGGCAACAAAGGCACAGUCGAGAAAAACCGCAAGAGAGAGCUGAAGGACGUGUUUGGCGACGAGGUGGAGGCGCAGAAAGAUCUAGAGGGUGGCGAAACUGCAGCGAAGCGGAAGAGAGUCCCCCGAUUCGAGGAGGUUGAAGAGCCAGAAGUUCUUCCCGGACCUCCUGCAGAAAGUCCUGGCAUGCUCACCAAGAUGCAGAUAAAGCAGAUGAUGGAAGCAGCCACACGCCAGAUUGAAGAGAGGAAGAAGCAGCUCAGUAUCACUCAGCCCAGACUGCCCCUGGCUACCCCCCAGCCUGCAGCGCCCAGCAUGCGCCCUCUCCUGCCUCCUGCUCCAGGCCCAGCUCAGUCCAUUGCCCCCUCACAGGCUGCCAGCUUCAUGAACGACGCCAUCGAGAAGGCACGCAAAGCUGCCGAGCUCCAGGCCAAGAUCCAGUCCACUCUGGCCAUGAAGCCGGGCAUCCUGGGGACCAUGAACAAUGCGGGACCACACAACCUUGUGGCACUUGCUAACCUGCAUGCCAUGGGCAUCGCACCACCCAAAGUGGAGGCCCGUGAGGUCACAAAGCCGACGCCGCUCAUUCUGGACGAGCUCGGGAGAACCGUCGAUGCCAGUGGCAAGGAGGUGGAGCUCACACACCGCAUGCCCACUCUGAAAGCCAAUAUCAGAGCAGUGAAACGUGAGCAGUUUAAGCAGCAGCUGAAGGAAAAGCCCAGCGAUGACCUCGAGUCCACGUCUUUCUUCGACCCCAGGAUGUCUGUUCCCCAGCCACAGAGACAGAGGAGGGGGUUCAAGUUCCACGAAAAGGGCCGCUUUGAGAAAAUAGGCCAACGAAUACGCACCAAGGCUCAGCUGGAGAGGUUGCAGAUGGAGAUUGCUCAGGCGGCCAAAAAGACGGGCAUCCAAGCAUCGACCAAGCUGGCUCUGAUCGCCCCUAAGAAGGAGCUCAGCGAAGGUGACGUGCCUUCCAUUGAGUGGUGGGACUCCUUCAUCCUGCCCAACAACAUAGAAAUCUCUUCUGAGACUGUAUUUGAUAACUUGGACUUCCAUGGAAUCACCAAUCUGGUGGAGCACCCUGCUCAAAUGGCCCCUCCAGUGGACACGGACAAGCCAGUGACUCUGGGCGUGUAUUUGACGAAGAAGGAGCAGAAGAAGCUGAGGCGGCAGAUGCGGCGCGAGGGACAGAAGGAGGUGCAGGAGAAGGUCCGUCUUGGCCUCAUGCCCCCGCCGGAACCCAAAGUGCGGAUCUCUAAUCUGAUGCGUGUGCUGGGUACGGAAGCGGUGCAGGAUCCCACAAAAGUGGAGGCCCACGUCCGAGCGCAGAUGGCCAAGAGACAAAAAGCCCACGAGGAGGCAAAUGCAGCACGCAAACUGACAGCAGAGCAAAGGAAAGAGAAGAAAGUGAAGAAGCUUAAGGAAGAUCUGUGUCACGGUGUUCACAUCGCAGUCUACAGGAUCCGAAACCUGCAGAACCCAGCCAAGAAGUUCAAAGUGGAAGCCAACGCAAAUCAGCUGUAUCUGACUGGCACCGUGGUGCUGCACAAAGACGUCAACAUCGUGGUGGUGGAAGGAGGACCCAAAUCACAGAAGAAGUUUCGGAGGCUGAUGCUGAACAGAAUCAAAUGGGAGGAGCCCAGCUCGAAGAGAAAUGACCCUGAUGGCUCAGAUGAUGAGGGAUCAAAGAAGCCCAAUAAAUGCACGCUUGUUUGGGAGGGCACAGCAAUGGAGCGCAGCUUCGGUGACAUGAAGUUCAAGCAGUGCCCCACGGAGAACAUGGCGCGCGAACACUUUAAGAAGCAUGGCUCAGAGCACUACUGGGACCUGGCCCUGAGUGAGAGCGUGCUGGAGACGGCUGACGACUGAGAGAGUCUGAAUGACACAGGCAGCCAUAUUUGGUUCGCUAUAGGAGGAGAGAAGUGGACUGGAUUUAAUCUAACGUGCUUCAACCUGGCAGUCGUGUGUGUGUCAGUGUGUGUGUGUGUGUGUAUGUGGGCACAUCUGUUUGAUAAUCUGCACUGCUGCUACUCUUGGAUAUUGGAUUCUUGUGAUCAUAGCAGGACGUUUGCAAAGAGAAUCUAGUGCAAGGACACAUUUCUCCUGUGACUUCUGCAGAACGAUGAAGACGGCUGCUUUGAUAUCAUCGUUCCGUGGACAUAGGAUCCUUUAUAGCCAAAGUGUAACUUUUUGUUUUUAUUUCCCUUCCUUUUUUUUUUUAUUAAGCCGAUGUGAGACUAUUCACAUGCUGGUCUCUUUAGAUGUGUACCCAAGCUAUCACCAACUGCACACACUGAUUAAAGUUUGGAGGGAAAACA